AUGCGUUGGAAGUUCUGGCUGCUACUGCUGGCAGCAGUAGCUGUGCUGGACAGGACGGUUCCAGUGAAAGCGGAAGAUGAAACCAUCGAAGACGAUAGUGAGAAGGUUGAACUGUCUGCGGAAAAUGUAGAGCAUGACACGGAAUCUGUGGCGGAACCGCAAGCAGUUGACGAGGAAGUUACAGAAAGUGAGGACGAAGAUGAAGAUACAAAAGUGAAUGAAGAUGCCGUCGAGGUGGAUCCGCAAAGUUCCGGCAAAGCUAGGCAGGGAAAGUAUUACAACUACGACGAUUUCCUGUCCAACCUGGAUACGUAUGAUUCAAGCUACGAUUGGACUGAUCCAAUGAACCGCGUCCAGCCGAAGGAUCCGCCCAACUUCCAAAAUGAUGGCACUGCGUACAGCAUAACUUCCGCCCGUCUGGCGGAGAUUCGGCGCCAGUUUUUCUACCCCUUCUACGACCGUGGUGGACCGGAAAACAUUGGCGAUCUGCAGCGGGAUAUCCACGCCUCGAUGCCACAGGUGCACAAGAACUUCAACUUCCAGCUUCCGUUCUACGGGUUCCGGUUCAACUAUACCCGCGUGUCGAUGAACGGGUUUCUCGAAUUUUCCGAUCCACCGGAGCACUACACCUACCCGCUGACGUUCCCGAUCAAGGACUGGCCCCGCCGCAACGAUCCAUCCUUUAUCGGGAUCUUCUUUUCCAAGUGCCGAAUCGGUCGAAUCUACGAUACGGACGUUGAUCAGCGUGCUCCCGGGGUGUACUUCCGAAUGGAGCGUGACUUGCAGACGCGAACCGAUCGGCCGGGAGUUGAAAUGCGCGAGCGAACCAUGUGGGACAUCCGGGAGGGAGUCGUCGGAUCGGAUACCUUCAUUCCGAAACACGUCAUCAUUACGACCUGGAAAAAUAUGAGCUUCGCCGGUGGAAUCGAUAAUUCGUUGUUUAGGACAAACAGUUUUCAAAUGAUUCUGGCUACAGAUGAAGUGUACACUUAUGCGAUCUUCAACUACGCGAUCAUCAAUUGGUCCUCGCACACUGAAGCCGGUGGUGAUACGACUGGAGGAGAAGGUGGUGUUCCGGCUUUCAUCGGAUUCAACGCAGGUAACGGUACACAGGCGUACGAGUACAAGCCCUACAGUCAAGCUUCGGUACUGCGUGAUUUGACUGGACGCGGUUGGGCUAACGGAUUCCCUGGAAGACACAUCUUCCGUCUUGAUGAACGUAUUAUGCUUGGUACUUGCAACAAGGAUAUAGACGCCGCUCACCUGCCGCUGGUGUUUGCUCCGGAAUCAGGCAAUAUGCUGGGUGGAACAGUGGUUAACAUUACCGGACCGUGCUUCAUGCCCAACGAUCGCGUAGCCUGUCGGUUCGAUACCGAAGAAGUCAUCGGAACGGUAGUGGAUACAAACCGCGCCAUUUGCGUACAACCUUUCCUGAAGGCACAGGGGUACAUUCGGUUGGAAAUUUCCGUCGGUACGGAGCGAUUCAAGUGGAGAGGUCGCUACUUCGUGGAAACCCCUGCCACGGCAACGGAUCGUAUCUUUUUCGAAUCCGAUGACGUGCAUCGACGCAAUCCGUCGGAAAUUAGAAUCACCUGGAAUCGGUAUAAUCUUACGACUAACCUUAACGCGAACGUGCAGAUCUCACUGUGGGGAUAUCGUGAGGCCACGAUUCGACCGGAGUUGGAAUACAUCGACAUGAUUGAAGCCCAGCUAACAAACACGGGAUCAUACACGAUUGCUCCUGCAAACUUCAGGCUUCGUGAUAAUCCACGUACCGUGGACAUGCAGUUCGGAUUCAUUCAAAUCAACUUGACUAACCCCGAGCAAUUCAACGGAUUGGCAAUUUCACCAGUUCUAUGGUCAAAGCCAAUCCCUCUAGGGUGGUACUUUGGACCACAGUGGGAGCGAAUCCACGGUAGAAACUGGCCGCGGGCGCUUUGCGACAACUGGCUGAUGACCGAUCGCUUCCUGCGUAACUUCGCCCACGAACUACCGAUCUGCCCGUGCAUGAUGGAACAUGCAAUCUACGACAAAGGUCGUUACCUACCGGACCCGGACUGCGAUCGAGAUACAAAUCCAACCUGUUUGCAUCAUCGCGGCGCGAUCCACUGUAUGAGAUCCGGUCAACCAUCGGCCCAGGGCUCGGAACAGCAGUGCUGCUACGAUCGUAACGGUUAUCUAAUGCUUUCCUACGAUCAGAUGUGGGGAUCACGACCGCGUCGUAAUCACAACAUUGGACAGAUGCCAUGGAAUGAAGCCAACAAGGUACCUACGCUGUCCACUUGGUUCCACGACGUCCGACCGUACUACUCGUGCUGUAUGUGGCAAGAUGAACAGGCCGUCGGAUGUGAAACGUUCCGCUUCGAAAGGCGUCCUUCGCAAGAUUGCAUUGCCUACCAGUCACCGGCCGUCGGUGCCGUAUUCGGUGAUCCACACGUUGUGACGUUCGAUGGGUUGCAGUACACGUUCAACGGAAUGGGCGAGUUCGUGCUUCUGCGUGGCAACAAUGGUCAAGAGCGCAUUGACGUUCAGGGUCGCUUCGAGCAGGUUCCACGUAAUAUUCACGGACCAGUUAUGGCAACACACCUGACGUCGAUCGCUGCUCGAGGUAACACUUCUACGAUUAUCGAGGUACGGCUACGGCCGCAGUACGCCCAGUGGAGAUAUCGGCUGGAUGUUUUCGCCGAUCAGCGCAGAAUCUACUUCGACAGGCAGAGCUUGAAGUUCCAGCAUUUCCACGGAGUGACCGUUUAUACUCCGACUUAUAUUUUGAAUCAGUCCGAAGUGGUUAUCAUGUUUUCCUCAGGAGUAGGCGUUGAAGUGGUCGAAAACAAUGGCUUCAUGACGGCUAGGGUUUAUACGCCUUGGAGUUUCAUAAAUAAAACGCGUGGACUUUUCGGUAAUUGGAGCUGGAAUAUGGCCGAUGAUUUGGUUCGACCAGACGGAACCGUCAUAGCGCCCAACUUGAACCACUUUGGAGACAUACACAAUAACUUUGCUAUGCACUGGAUGUUGUCCGAUCGGGAACAGGAAGGUGUCGGGCAGGCACUCUUUACUCGAGAGUUUGGACGGACAUCUAGUUACUUUGCAAACGCUACCUUCCUACCGGAGUUCCGAAGAGAACCGAGAGAAUUCCUGCCGCCUAAUCGAACGCAUGAUAUAGAACGAGCGGAGGAACUUUGCGGUGAAAGCUACCAGUGUCGGUACGACUUCGGCAUGACGCUGAACCGUGAAAUGGCUCACUUCACCAAAAACUAUCACGCCAGUGCCAUCAACAUACAGACGCUAAACAAUGAGCGGAUCAUAUCUUGCGGCAUCCUGGAGACACCCCGCUUUGGUCGGAAGUCCAACUUUAUGUUCACACCGGGUGCUCGGGUGUCAUUCGAGUGCAACGAAGGAUUCUUCCUGAUAGGCGACGCACGACGUGUCUGUCGAGAGAACGGUCAAUGGGACGUCCCCGAGUAUGGCUACACCGAAUGUCUACGCAAGGUAUUCUAUGCCCGUCGUACCGCCUGGAUCACAACGGGCAUUGUCCUAGCUGUAAUGCUACCGUUGAUUAUGUGUAUUGUUUGUGGAGUCUAUUGCUUCCGUAAGCGCAAGUUGAAAGAAGAUCCGGACUGGCGAAUGCCACUCCCGUCGCGGUCGGGUUCGCGCGCGACGCUGCGCAACCUGAACGGAGACGGCAGUGAAUAUGAUGACAACACGAUCAAAAAGGUUCGCAGGUACGAUGCUACCUACAAGACGCACGAACCGUUGGCCGGCAAGCCCGACAUACAGUUCGAACCGAAGAAGAUGGACCUGGAUGAAGAAGACAUUACGUCCUCGGAAGGAGGUGAAUAUAGAGAUAAAGUUACGAAUGAUUUCCUAUAUAAGAACAUGGCUGAUCAAAAACAACUAGGUCGACGAAGAUUUACUGCCGGAACAGAGAACGGACCCGGCGCCGGGCCGUCGAUGUUCAGCGACGAUGAAGAAAACACUUAUCCAGCACCGCCGGCCGAGUCUCCAACGCGAGCCUACGGAGCCUACAGUCCGACCUUCAGCGGAAUAGAUCGCAACAGUAGCUUCGCCACAGAGGAACCGUCCCCGGUCAACCAAAGACGACCCGGUGAAUUCCCGACAACAACACAGCCCAAUAGUACUUUCUACGGUGGAGAACCCAGCAACCAGCCGCUGGUUCAAAACGUAGGACUUCCGGCUCGAUUGGACAGCCGGUCGACUGAAGUGUAA